AGUUGAAAGUUAAGUACGCAAAUCGUUCAAUUAUAAAUUUACAGAAGCAAGUUGAAUUGAUUGUAUAUUUUAUUUGUUUGCAAUAGGAACCAUUUCAGUAAAAAAAUGUCCAACAAAAUCUUUUUUAUCCUUUUAGCCUGCUAUCUUGGCUCAAUUUCAUGUGAAAUUUUUGACAUCGGAACCUGUCCAACUCCUACUACAUUCAGCCCAUCUGAUGCUGCAAAGUUUUAUGGUAAAUGGUAUGAAAUCGCUCGAGUUGAAAGUGGUACAGAAAAGGGUCUCCGGUGUGUUACCUUUGAUAUUGCAUCCAAUGCAUCUUAUUUAUCUGGCCAUCCAGUAACACAAACUGGUUUCGAUGACAAAAACAAUGAAUACAUUUAUAUUGGCAAUCUUCAGAUGUGGGAUGAUCAAACUGUUUUUGAAUAUGGAAAUUUUGAUAUUUUGGACAUCGAUCUUGCUUAUGGCUAUACAGUUGUUGAUACUGAUUAUGAUAACUACGCCAUUGUACUUGGUUGCUCUGAACUUCCUCCAUUUGGUUAUUGGUUUCCCUUCUUACUUGUCAGAAUACGUGUUGCAUGGAUCCUCUCUCGAACACCUACACUGGAUGCUGAGCUUCAAAGCAAAUUGGUUGAUUUAUUGGCUAAAAAUGGAGUUGGCCAAAGUAAAUUGACUUUCAACAAAUUCGAUAGCUGCCCAUCAUAUUAUUGAUCACCAAGCAAAAUAAAAGUCUAACGUUUAUUGUGAUUUUUACAUACGUUAAAACUUGUCUAGUGUAAGCAAAUGUUGAAAUAAAAGUUUUGAUUGUUCGUCAA